UCCACCAGAGGGCGCUGACAUCCAGCGUGUCAGCAACCAACCGGCGCCUGAGUCAAAAGCGAAGGACACCGGAACCUUACUAGGAGAUACUGUUUUGAAGCAGCACGCUCAUCUCUCUCGUAAACAUGGGCCGCCACUUCGGAGACUUGGCCAAGAUGCGGCAUAUAAUCACAUACAGUCUGUCACCCUUUGAGCAGAGGGCCUUCCCCAACUACUUCUCCAAGGGAAUCCCCAAUGUGUGGAGGCGGGUCACUGCCUCUUUCUUCAAAGUUGCCCCCCCAAUGACCCUCAUGUACCUGACAUACACCUGGGGCAACAGUGUCCACGAGCAAGGCAAGAAGAAGAAUAUUGCUGACUUUGAGAAUGAUGAAUGAACUCCUGCCACCUAUAUGAACACCACCCUCUGUUAUUAAUUCCAGCUGUAUGUUUCACCAAUAAAGAUCGAAAUAUUUA